GGUCCCUCCCUCUCUCACGGUCUCCAGCACCAGUUCACCUCCUCUCUCAGCUCCCCAGCUAGCCAGGAAAAGACGCUGAUCCGGACGUUGGGUCUUUUCUCUGGUCCUGUUUGAGUGUGUCGGACCCCCACCCCCACAGUUCCACCCACUGCUCACCAACACAAACACACCACCAGUCCUCAUUUAUUGGAUCUGCUCUUUGUUCUUUCCCUCCCCAGUUUUUAUUUCAGGAGAGAGGACUUUAUUUCCUACCUUUAACGGAUUGAAUCUGUACUGAUUCUGGAUCUGGUUCGUUUCUCUUUCCUCGGGGCUGCCGCUGCAGGACCAAAGCUGAUGCUUCUACAAAUGUAAUUAUAGUCUAGAAACUGGUUUAAACGCCGGAACAAAGGGACGUUGGUUUUUUCCCCCCUCGCCCGGUCUGUCAAUCAAUUUUCACCACUGCAGUUGUCAAGUUGGAGCCCUGCUGAGAAAUGGACAAACCCCUCUAAAUUGAAAACGCUGCCCUUCCUCGCCAACACAACCACAGGACGUGAUUAGGACGAGGAUCCCCCGAGUGGAGUGACAACAACAUGUUUGCUUUCCUGUUUCCGUGGUAACACAAGAGGAGCAUGCACGUCCAGGUCAGGAGUUAACUUCAGCGCUCGUCUCCUUCGCCUGCUUCCUGUGAGAGCUACACUACAGACAGUUGUUGUGAACUGAUUUCCCAGUGUGACGUUUUUAUCAGUUUACUCAGAAAACUCAGUAAACUACAACAACAACAACAACACUGCUGUGAAGAGGACUGACAUGGCCAACAACACUGCGGACCACCCUCCGGGGAAUUCGGUUGCAGAGGGCAACCAUGAUGGGGACUUUGGGGUGAGCCUAAUGGAACUGAGGAGCCUAAUGGAGCUGCGGAGCGCUGAGGCUGUUAGCAAGAUACAGGAUACGUAUGGAGAUGUGCAGGGCAUCUGCCGUCGCCUGAAAACAUCACCUAUAGAGGGACUUUCUGGUAACCCUGUUGAUUUGGAGAAACGUCACACAGCGUUUGGCCAGAACUUCAUUCCCCCCAAGAAGGCCAAGACGUUCCUGCAACUGGUGUGGGAGGCUUUGCAGGACGUAACCCUUAUAAUCCUGGAAAUUGCUGCCAUCAUCUCGCUCGGCCUGUCCUUUUACCCUGCACCAGAGGGCGACAGUGAGGCAUGUGGCCAGGCUGUAGGCGGAGCCGAGGACGAGGGCGAGGCCCAGGCUGGCUGGAUAGAGGGCGCUGCCAUCCUGUUCUCAGUCAUUAUUGUGGUCCUUGUGACUGCCUUCAAUGACUGGUCCAAAGAGAAGCAGUUCCGUGGGCUGCAGAGUCGCAUUGAGCAGGAACAAAAGUUCACUGUCAUCCGUAAAGGCCAGGUUAUCCAGAUCCCUGUGGCUGAGAUCGUGGUGGGAGACAUCGCUCAGAUCAAAUAUGGAGACCUGCUGCCUGCUGAUGGGAUCCUCAUCCAAGGUAACGACCUGAAGAUAGACGAGAGUUCUCUGACUGGAGAGUCUGAUCAAGUCCGCAAGUCUCUGGAGAAGGACCCCAUGCUGCUGUCUGGGACUCAUGUAAUGGAGGGAUCUGGGAGGAUGGUGGUGUCAGCUGUGGGCCUCAACUCUCAAACCGGCAUCAUCUUUACUUUGCUGGGCGCAAGCGAGAACGAUGAAGAGAAGAAGGUCAAGAAAAGUAAGACACUGCACAAAGCCUGUAAAAAACAAGGACCCCCCGAAAAUCGCAACAAAGCCAAAACCCAGGAUGGCAUUGCCUUGGAGAUCCAGCCACUGAAGAGUGAGGAGGCUGCCGAGUCAGAGGAGAGGGCAGAGGAGGCCAAACCAGUAAAGAAGGUCAAUGUGACCAAGAAGGAGAAAUCUGUGCUGCAAGGCAAACUGACAAGACUGGCUGUACAGAUUGGGAAGGCUGGUCUGAUUAUGUCAGCUGUGACAGUCAUCAUCCUCAUUCUCUACUUUGUGAUCGACACCUUUGGGGUCCAGGGCCGGUCCUGGGUUGCCGAGUGCACCCCGAUCUACAUCCAGUACUUUGUCAAGUUCUUCAUCAUUGGUGUAACUGUGCUGGUAGUGGCCGUUCCGGAAGGGCUGCCACUCGCUGUCACCAUCUCUCUGGCCUACUCUGUCAAGAAAAUGAUGAAGGACAAUAACCUAGUGCGUCAUCUGGAUGCCUGUGAGACAAUGGGCAAUGCCACAGCCAUCUGCUCGGACAAGACAGGCACACUGACCAUGAACCGCAUGACAGUGGUACAGGCGUACAUCGGCGACACACACUACAAAACUGUCCCUGAACCCGACGCUAUCAAACCAGAGACUCUGGAAGUUAUGAUCAACAGCAUCUCCAUCAACUCAGCAUACACUACCAAGAUCUUGCCUCCGGAAAAAGAAGGCGGCCUCCCCCGCCAUGUGGGCAACAAGACGGAGUGUGCUUUGCUGGGACUGGUGCUGGACCUGGAAAGGGACUACCAGCCAAUCAGAGACGAGGUCCCUGAAGAGAAACUCUACAAGGUUUACACAUUCAACUCCUCACGCAAGUCCAUGAGCACGGUGCUGAAGAACGCUGAUGGAGGCUUCCGCAUGUAUAGCAAGGGAGCGUCAGAGAUCGUUCUGAGAAAAUGCUCUCGUAUCUUGGACGCCCAAGGUCAGCCUCGUGUCUUCAAGCCAAAGGAUCGUGAUGAGAUGGUGCAUAAGGUGAUUGAGCCGAUGGCCUGUGACGGGCUGAGGACCAUCUGCGUGGCUUUCAGGGACUUUCCGGCAGAAGCUGGAGAGCCAGACUGGGACAGCGAGAACGACAUUCUGAACGAACUCACCUGCAUCGCUGUGGUUGGCAUUGAGGACCCUGUGAGACCUGAGGUACCUGAGGCUAUCUCUAAAUGCCAGCGUGCAGGUAUCACUGUACGUAUGGUUACCGGAGACAACAUCAACACUGCCCGCGCCAUUGCAACAAAGUGCGGUAUCAUACUGCCCGGGGAGGACUUCCUGUGUCUGGAGGGCAAGGAGUUCAACCAGCAGAUCAGAAACGACAAGGGAGAGGUGGAACAAGAGCGUCUGGACAAAGUCUGGCCUAAAUUGCGUGUUCUGGCCCGUUCCUCACCGACAGACAAACACACGCUUGUCAAAGGGAUCAUUGACAGCACGGUGGGUGAAACCCGACAAGUGGUGGCAGUGACAGGUGAUGGUACUAAUGAUGGCCCCGCCCUCAAGAAAGCUGAUGUCGGCUUUGCCAUGGGAAUCGCUGGCACUGAUGUGGCAAAGGAGGCAUCUGACAUCAUCCUGACUGACGACAACUUCACCAGCAUUGUCAAGGCCGUCAUGUGGGGAAGAAACGUCUACGACAGCAUCUCCAAGUUCCUGCAGUUCCAGCUGACCGUCAACGUAGUGGCCGUAAUCGUGGCAUUCACCGGCGCCUGCAUCACACAGGACUCUCCUCUGAAGGCCGUCCAGAUGCUUUGGGUCAACCUCAUCAUGGACACACUGGCAUCUCUUGCUCUGGCCACCGAGCCGCCCACCGAGGCUUUGCUGUUGCGCAAACCAUAUGGCCGCGACAAGCCUCUCAUCUCCAGGACCAUGAUGAAAAACAUCCUGGGCCAUGCCGUUUACCAGCUCAUCAUCAUCUUCACCCUGCUCUUUGCUGGUGAGAAGUUUUUCAAUAUUGACAGCGGCCGCAACGCUCCCCUGCACUCGCCGCCAUCAGAGCACUACACCAUCGUAUUCAACGUGUUCGUCAUGAUGCAGCUCUUCAACGAAGUCAACGCCAGGAAGAUCCAUGGAGAGAGGAACGUGUUCGAGGGCAUCUACAGGAACCCCAUCUUCUGCAGCGUGGUACUGGGUACCUUCGCCCUGCAGAUCAUCAUUGUUCAGUUUGGAGGGAAGCCGUUCUCCUGCACGGCUCUGACCAUCGACCAGUGGCUGUGGUGUGUGUUCAUUGGUGUGGGAGAGCUGCUGUGGGGACAGCUGAUCACAUCCAUCCCCACCCACCACCUGAAGUUCCUGAAGGAAGCAGGCCACGGCAUCACAAAGGAGGAGAUCCACGAGGAGGAGCUGACGGAGGGGGCUGAUGAAAUUGACCAUGCUGAGAUGGAGCUGAGGAGAGGCCAGAUCCUCUGGUUCAGAGGCCUGAACCGCAUCCAGACACAGAUGGAUGUGGUCUAUACCUUCCAGACGGGCCAGGCGCCGGUGCCCGGUGCCCUGCGCCGCCAGCCCUCCGUCGUCAGCCAACACAAUGAUAUUAAGGUGGUGAAUGCGUUCCGUAGCUCCCUGUAUGAGGGGCUGGAGAGCCCAGAGUCCCGUAGCUCCAUCCACAGCUUCAUGGCCCAUCCCGAGUUUGUCCCCCUGUCAGAGGAGGAGGCUCGCAUCCCCCCCAUAGAGGAGACAGGAGACGAGAUUGACCCCCUCCCCAGUGUCUCCUCUGGGGCAGGAGGAGGAGGAGGAGAGCCACCCAGCGCCCUCCUCCACAGCCACGAAUCAUCCAUCUGAGCUCCUCCUCCCUCCUCCUCCUCCUCUCUCCUCUUUAUCAGCAUCAUCUGUCAUCCCACCAACUGAACUGUCACGCUGAGGAGGGAAGUCAUCACUCUGCUCAUCCCCUCAUUCUGCACACACAUGCUUCACAUCGCCCCCCCCCUCCCCCCUUAGUCAUUCCUGCCACAUUGUGUUUUUCAUACUGACUGUGGUGUCGUUCUGCCUGUAAGUUUGUUCCUCCACCACCACUCACAUUUAUGAAAAGAGGGUGGAGUCCAGAGUCUCCUCUGUGGAAGGCCUGUCCUUGUCUAUUCAUGUAUAUUUUUUACUUGAUGAUCCUUCGGAAAAAGCUAUGUUGGGUUUGAUCUUUGCGGGACUUGCAGCAGCAUGUUGUGUUCUGUACUCGCUUCAUUCCUGCGUAACGCUCUCAAACAGCACCGAACUUUUCAAAGAGUGCAGUGAUUCUCAUGUACAUACGCUUUGCUCCUCUACACAGCUAAUAGCCGGGUUUGUUGUUCAGAAGAUUUUUAGGCAAAUGCAAAAAUGUAACCAUUUUUCUUUUAUUUUUAAACCUUCUAAAGAUUGUUAACUGAUCGUUGAUUCAAACUCCUCAGAAUGUCUUGUGAGUGUGACACUACAGUCUUCAAGGUUCAGCUGUUAAAAAAAAAAAAAAGUUCUUCCCUUUAUUGUGUCUGUAUGUGUUUCUUUAGCUGCUGUGUUGCAUGUGGAAGGACAGAAUGUAUACUACCCAAAAAUAUCUAACGUGGCAGCAUCCAGAGAGGACUCACUCUCUGCCCACUGGGGGUUGGUCCUGAACUCAUCCAGUCAGGGUUCUGGUUCUCUUUGCCCCUCCCCCAGUACGUCCAUGGUGUCAAUAGGAAACAGGAGUAUGGUUCAAGCUUCCCCCUCCAGUAGGAUGCAUGUUAUGUUUCAUUGGUGUUGAGUCGCAUGAUAUCUUUGGGAUUCUGUUUAGGCAAUCGUGUGUGUUUGUCUGCAGCAGCAUUUGUUCAAGGCUCUGUUAACUUCCUGUCUGUAGGACUGAACAUUCUGUUACCACACCAGGGCAAAAACAGUGUUGUCAAUACUCAGCUCACAAAGAGGGAACCUCAGCAGGGAAGUUAAAGCCCCAAAAGAAACUCCUGUACUACAGUAAAUGUCUGCAUAUGUGGACAUGUUCCACACAGGAUGCAGUUGUGGGCGAGUACAAGCUGCGUUCGCGGUUCCGUGCGAACACGACCCAUUCAAACAUACUCAUGCAGCAUUGUAAGGGACUGGAUCCAUCUCAGCUCACGCAGACACUCCCCAGUCAGCCAGUGGUGCCUUUCGUGCUGUUGUCACAGCAGAGGUAGCACUGAUAUAAUGAGGCCACAACAUACUCUGAAUGCCUUGACUGUCAACAACAAGAAAUGGUGCAUGCAGCCUUAGCUGAAACUUACUUUUCAGUUAACUUACAGUUUCACUCACUGGCCACAUGGUCGCUCUCUGGUCCUCCUCUUGGUUUAACAACUGUACUGAGCUCGCUGUUGGUUUCAGUCCUGCUAAGUUAAUAAACAGACAAACUAAACCAGAAUGCUCCAGCGUCCAUCAUGGUAUCAAACACUCACUUUCUUCCAUUCUUAUCUCCUUCCUGCUCCUUCUCCUGUCUCUGUCUCUCUAGCAUCUCGCCCCUCACAGGCUCUCAUUUGCUAAGAUCCGCCCUUUUUAAGUGUGGCAACCAAUUAAUAAUGGCAAGUGACCAUGACACUGUGAGGUGACCCCCCCCCCCCCCCCCCACUAGCCACCGCCCCACUGUGCUGGCCUCACAGAUGACCAUGCUUAUGUCACUUGGGCUUUGCUUUGCUUUGCAAGACGGUGUGAGUCAGAAUCAAGCAAACAUUUAGCUCCCAUCUUUCAGGUUUGGACUGAGCACUGCUGUCACACGUUGAGAACUAUUCAUCCCUUUGUCAUUUCAAAAUAAAUAGUACUUGAGUUAUUACUUAUUAAUCCAUCUAUUUUCCGCUGCUCACCUCUAUCUUUGUCGCAGUGGACCGGACUAGUUAAGACAGCCCCAGCCCCAGGCUUUCAUUGCCCUCUCUGCAGACAAAUCCUGAAGCUCUUCCUAGGGGAUCCCAAGCACUUCUCAGACCAGAUAGGUUUAAUUCCUGCAGUGUGUUCUUGGGGUGCCAAGGGCUUCCUGCUGGUUGGACAUGUCCCGUGUAUGUCUGCAGAGGCAUCCUGAUGAUAUGGUCAGCUGGCUCCUUUCAGCAUGGAAGAGAGGUGCUUCUGCUCAGAGCCCCUCACCUUUGCCUUUACCACAUUUCACCUUUUGAGUUGACUUCAUAUGUAAUCCCCCCACCUGCCUCUAAAAUUUGCUCUGUGUUCAUUCUGAGCACACGUUAAAAGGGGAAUGACUACAGUAUUGAUGAGUCUGUUUGGGUCAUAGUCCAAGAGGUUCAGUCUGACAGACAGGAAGUUAAUGGAUCUCUGAGCAUGGUCUGGACAGUCUGUCUGUGUUUAAGACAAAUCUUAGUACCAGUUCUGAUGUUUUCAUUCCCUCGUUUGUCAGAUUUUAUGAACAGAAACUGAAUCAGCUGUUCUUAUUGAAGUAAUGUGCUACUACUGCCAUAUUUCCAACUUUUUGUCACCACUAGGUUCUUCCUCUCCCCACUGAUGAGCUUUUUCUAUGUAACUCAGAGCCAUAUUUUAUAGGUUGUCUGUAUUGUUUUUUAUCUCAUUGUUAUCGAGGUUUCCUUUGGACUUUCUCCCUCCCACCACCCCUCCUCCCAUGGCCCUUUACUCCCAACAUGACCAAAAAAGCAAGGAGAAAAUCUUCAGUCGUCACUGCCGAACCAAGUUUAAAGGACCUCUACAAUGUUUACAUGAAAAGCAAGUGGGUGGCAGUUCGCCUUCACUUCUCUCAUCCGACCACUUCCCUUUCAUUCCCUUGCUUUCCUGAAUCUUAGAGUUACUAUUUAACUAAAUGGGGAAUCUUUCUUGCAUGGUUUUCAUAUAAAAGUCAAUGUUUUGCUCAUUUUUUACAAUUCUUCUGUAUUUUUAUAUUAAGUACUUUUUAAUAUUUUGGAGAUAUAUGAAUAUAUAUGUAUAGGCUGAAGAGUUUGGUGACAGUACAGUACAUGAAUGAGAUAAAUCUAACGUGGACUGUGUCUUUUUACAGCUCUCUAAAUAUUUAUGCCACGUGUGUCGUCUUGGUCACCUGAUGUUAGGGCUCAGAAACCUGCAGUGACUUGUUUACUUCCUGUUGGCUGUUCAAUUGGAAUCUCAACAAGCUAGUCUCAUCAGCCCCCUUUUACAUGAGUAUAUUCACUUUAUCUAAGAUGUUGUGAUACACUACAUGCUGUGUGAUUUUGAAGUUAUUCAAUUAGAGUUCAGCAAAUGCAACGUGAAUACAGCUAAACUAUCUUAACAUUAAAUGGGAGUGUAUAAUUGUUUAUCCAACCUCUGGGUUUCUUUGUUUCAGUACUUAGAAGCUACUACAACUGAUUUCUUUGAAUGAGUGGAUAGAUACUGUUUUACAAGUGACUGGUGUCGGAGCUGACGACUUCAGGGGGGGAUAAAAGCUGUGUCCCGCUUCAGGCUCCACCUCCUUUGAAAGGGUGAGUCUGCCCCUCGUCCAAAAUGAGCUCAGAACCCCACAGACAGACCAAAACUGACAAAGUAACCUGAGGACCAAAGUAGAGCUGGCCCAAAUCAUAAAACAAACCAAUGAGUUGCUUUGAGCCCCACAGCCUAGAGAUUUUUGAAGGAAACCAAUGAAGAAAAUGUGCCAGAACUCAGUGUGCAUGAAGUCCCGAAAGGGACUGGAGGACAGUUAGGCACAGACCCAGCUCAUCUCGGGUCUAUUCUUGCUUGUUAGAAACCGCCUGAACAGUGUGAACUCUCUUUAAGUUCCUCUAUUUGUCACAAUUUCAGUUUUAAUGAUUAUUUACUGUGACCAGGAGCUGCAAUAACUUAACUGAGCUUUGGGAGUUCUGUAACAAAAUCCUCAAGUGCUUGUUGAAACUUAAAUUUUGGUAUUUGCACAGCCCAUAAUUGAUCAUAUAAAAUUUGUCUUUCACUGAUUUGAUUAUUAUAAAUUAUGGUUAACUGUUGCUUUACAUGUUUGCAUCCUGGGUGUUGAGGGGGCCUAAGUGGGCUAUCUAAUCAUGACUCAGGAUCUAAAAAGCCUUGGGCUGGCCCUGGACUACAAGUUAUGUUUCAGUCCAGGAACAAAGAAGGAAAUGAUGCCAUAUCUUUCAGGUUCAUUUCUUGUUUUUAAUUUUUAAAAAUGUCAUCAGUUUAAGGAGGCGGAGCCUUUGACCGGACACAGUCGCAGCUGUAGAUGUCAUCACCAUUUUAUACAACUACCAACUUCAGAAACACAUCGCAGGAAGAGAGCAGGACUGUUAAAGCCCCCAUGACAUGACUUCCUCUUCCUGCCUUCAGUCUAUAAAUGAGACACCUUCCAAACGAUGAUGUGUUUCCUCUUUUUUUUGUUGUUGUUGUUGUUGUGCAACUGCUGAAUCUGGCAGAACACCUGUACUCCUACAGUCAGUACAAUGUAAAUAUUGUCAUAUAAGUGAAUGAAGUGUACCUGCUAUCCGUGUCAGUGACAGGAAAUGGGAGAGCGGGCAAUCAGCCAAUCAUCACCCAGCAAAGCUUUAAGAAUGUUCUGCUAAAGUCGUUUUCUUGUUUCUUCUUCUGCAAAAAUUUGUUUAGAAGGUUUGGAAAGUAACAUGACUCCCACCUCUCCCACUCCACCGGAUAAGAUUGUCCCUCUGUGCUUGCCAUGGCCUUGGUGUAGCUGUGGCGCUUGUCUGUUGGACUGGUUCCCUCAUAUCUCAUGCCAGGUGCACAGUACAGCUCCGCUAUCAGAAACGCUCCAAAGCUGUUUGUGCUUCUGGUUUUAGCUGCGUCACAAAACAGUCCAGACGAGACUCUGCAGCCGGACUGAAAAUCUCCACCUGGUUUCAGUGUUCUGAAGGUUCUCUUUUUGGAGCUGAAAAGAUCUCAGCUUGCCGCAGUUUUCCAGUAGGACUUGUGUAUGGAAAAGGAACUCACUUCUUAUCCAGUCAUUGUUGCAUUUUGACUGCAUUGCUUCCUCUUUAGAGCACUGCCUUUCUUAGAACAGCUUUCUGUUGUGGAAUAUCAAGGAAUUCUUUGGAGAACUUUCACAUACACUUCAAAAUUCAAAAAAAAAAAAAAAAUGGUUCAAAUGAACUGGAAUAUCGCAGUUGGAAAAGUCAUAACCACUUAACAUAUGUAUCUAUAUAUUUAUAUAUCAUCUCUAUAUAUUUAUAUCUAGUAUAUAUGUGUGUUCAUAUAUGUUAGAUAUAAAUACAUAGAUAAAUAUGGUUUCUCAGUUGAACUUCAUCGCAAAAAAGACUGAAAAAGAUUUGUUUUCUGUAAUUACUAUGAUACACAGUAAUAGGCAUUGGUGUUAUUUUUGUAUAAACAUAAUAUCAUCUAUGUGGCAUGCAUGACAUAUAUACAAAAUUUGGUGGUUUAAAGCAAUAUGUCCAACCUGGUGCGAUUGGUUCCGUCGUGUUCUGUGUAGCCUAAAGCCACUCUGAAAAAACAAAAAAACAAAGAAAAAAAGAGAAUCUGCAUUUGGAUAAAACUAACUGUUCAGUAUAUGUGUUCAAUGUUCUGUGUUCUGCAUGUUUUAGUAUGGAAUGAAACAUCCCAAAUGUUAA